GUCAGCUCGCUGACACGUCAGAGGUAUAAAUAGCAGUGUCGGCGGCGGCUGGCCGAGUCUGGCGGUCGAGAGCGGCGGGGAGAGGUGCUGCUGGAAGCCUGAGGCAGGAUGGCCCGAACAAAGCAGACAGCCCGCAAGUCCACCGGAGGCAAGGCGCCCAGGAAGCAGCUGGCAACCAAGGCGGCGAGGAAGAGCGCCCCGUCUACCGGCGGAGUGAAGAAGCCCCAUCGCUACAGGCCUGGCACUGUUGCUUUGAGAGAAAUUAGACGAUAUCAGAAAUCCACAGAAUUGCUGAUUCGCAAACUGCCCUUCCAGCGUCUGGUGCGUGAGAUUGCUCAAGAUUUCAAGACUGAUCUGAGGUUCCAGAGUGCUGCAAUUGGUGCAUUACAGGAGGCAAGUGAGGCAUACUUGGUUGGUCUCUUUGAAGAUACAAAUCUGUGCGCCAUUCACGCCAAGCGAGUAACCAUCAUGCCAAAGGAUAUUCAGUUGGCUCGCAGGAUACGUGGAGAAAGAGCUUAAUUGGAGCAAAUUCAUUCUAUCACAAUGGACUGUGGGACCUUUUUUAAUAUUGCAAGAUUUACAGAUGGGAUUGUCAGGAUACGAACUUUUAAGGAGUGAUAUGUGCAAAUGGAAUAUGUGGUAUUCGCUGUUUUUAUUCAAUUUUCUAAAGUUUAAUAGGGUGGGGGGGGGGGGAAUUAAGCUGGUUUGGGAGCCCUUGCUGUUAUUUUGGAAAAAUAAAUCUAAACUAGCUGAAUUGGAACAGAUCAGUGUCCACUUGUCAUUUGCAUGAGGUGCAAGUGGGGAAUGCCCAUUGCUCUUCAAGCACUUGAGUUAAGUUUUUAUUUUAUAUUAUACUUGGGUUUUCUAUUAGACUGUUUCCUAGAGCAUUUUGUAUUAGUCAACUGAAGGGAAUGUACUGGGAAAACUGCUUCCUAAAUUCAUUCCAUUGGUAACUCAGGAGGAAUUGUGGUCCUACACCAAGUAAAUUGCAUUGAUAUUUUGUACAUCAAGCUGGAAUGUACAGCUUGGCAGCUAUGUACCUAUUUAUGCAUUGUUUUUUCAUGUUAUCUGUUUUUGGGAGGGGAAGUUAUUAAUUCAUCUUUUAUUAAAUUGUUUAUGGACUCGCAUGUGUUGCUAUUUGUUCUCGUGCAAACAAGUGGUUUUAUGUUGGGGGGAAAUGUAGAUAAGGGCUAGUUUGAAUUCUUGAGUAGAUAGCCUGUGAAUUAACAAUGUUUAGGUGAAUGCCAUUCUGCGGACUUUGUUGGAAGCAGUGGAGUGUUGCUCCUUAAUGAUGUGGGCUUUACUUGCCCAGAGUGGGGCAAUUCACAUUUGGAAAUAGUUGCACAAAUUCUUGUUUUCCCCAUGAUUUUUUUUAGUCCUAUACCACUUUCUUGCCAUCUUUCAGAUUGGAGUGGUAUGAAUUUAGUGUACAGGAUACAAUCCCAUUUAAUGGCACUGAUGCUGACACUGCUAGAUGCAGUAGUGUCUGAGCACUUGCCAAUUGAUUGGAGAUGCUUUGAGGAAUCUUUCCAAGCCCAAAACUGCAAAGAUAGUUGCAGCCCUCUUGCCACUGCUUCCAACAGCACUCAGUGUCUUAAGAGUUUCUUCGUCUUGAUGUAAAGGAAGUAAUAUUGCUAGUAUUAGAGAUUCAUUUGGAUUGGCCAUAGGUUAAGGGUUGGAUGCAACUUAAACCUCCACAGCCUGAAUAGAUAUUUCUAAGCAGUCUACUACAGAUAAGACAAAAAGGAGAUGCAUUCAAAUGUUAUCAGAUAUCCUAACUGUGAUGCCAGUCCACAUUGAUCCCUAGCUGGAUUAUUGACUCACUAGAAUCACUGACAAUGGAAUUCCAAUAGACUGCUACUUGGAUGAGGAGGAGGCCUGGAAAACUUGUUACUGUAGGUGGAAUUGACACAGGUGUUCUACUGUGGCAUUCAGUGAUGUUGCCUAUUUGUCUGUUCAGUAAAAGUUUAAAAUAUUUGGAUAGUUAUCCUCAAAACAAUGGUAUGGAGCUGUCCAAUUUUGUCCCUUUUCCAUUGGGGACAUGCAAUAGGUUACUGCGCAAAUAGUGCUUGGCUUGGUGUUACUGGGGCCAUUAGUGUUGCUCGCCUCCUUGAAGGCUUGGAGUGGCUGUCAUGGACAUGAGGAUUUCACCUGAAGUUGGAGCCCUUUUGGCAAAAGAUCACAUGCUGUACUACAGUACAGAGCUGGUAAAAUUGUAAAUAUUGCAUUAAAGUACAUGAACUAAAUUUCUUGUAAUACUACUGUAAUUGUUACAGAAUGUACUGUAUUUUCAAAUGCAAUAAAUGCAGUAAUAUGCAAACCCUGUACAUAA